GGAUUGUUCAAAUUUUAGGAAAAGAAAAAGACUUCUGUCAGCUUGAUUCAUGCUGGACAUUUCCAUUUGGCUCAUUAGUGCCCCUAGUGUUUAGACACAGAACUGCACCCAGCAUCAUCACUCUUGGGUGAAGGACAGAUGACAGGACAGGGGCACUUCAGRGGGGCAAUCAAAUUUCAGCAGGGGCCAAUGCCCCUGUGGCCCCAUCCCUAGAACCGCCCCUGCUUCAGCUUCAAACGUUUGACAAGAUGUACAGAUAAGAUCACGUGCAUAAUUUGAAUAUUUGUGAGCCGGUAUGAAAGGCAGGCAUGAAAUUCUUGGUGUCUUUUCUAAUCGGUGUUUCCAACGGAUUCAGGUUGUUUGACAAAGACUUGGCUGCGUGUCUCCGCCGCCUGCCUCUUAUCUCUGAAUGUCGUUGGACCCCGGUUGGACAUAUCUGGCUGACGCCGUGUCCGUCCCAAAAUAAUCUGAGAGCACAGCUGAGCCCAGCUCGGCACGGCACAGCUCAUUGCUUCUGCGUACAGGGAGGAAAACACGAUGACCAAAUUCAGUUACUCGGACUAUUUGUCUCAGUUCCGUAACGCUGGACGGAAAUGUGGUGGUUUUCAUCCGCGGCCGAGGGCAGAUUUCAGAAGAGGAGGAGUGACGUCAGAGCCGGAGGAUGUUGACUCUGUGGUCUUUGCCAUCAGUAGAGGAGAUGUGGAGGCUGUUAAUGAUCUGACAGCAUCUUCAUCUCACUGCCUGAUGAGGGAAAACAAAGAUGGAUGGUUACCUUUGCAUCAUGCUGCAUUCUAUGGGCAGGCUGAGUGCUUGAAGGCCAUAUUGAGAGUCCAUCCAGGUUCAAUAGACAAGCGGACGCUGCAGGAGCAAACAGCACUGCUGCUCUCUGUGUCAUGUGAACACUUGCCCUGUGUGCGCUGCCUUCUGGAGUCAGGCGCUGACCCUGACAUCUGCAGCAACAACAAAGAAACCCCCUUAUAUAAAGCAUGUGAGCUGCAGAAUGUGGACAUGGUGAGCCUCCUCCUGUCACAUGGCGCCACUGUGAACCAGCGGUGUGCUCAGGGCUGGACGGCCCUCCACGAGGCUGUGUCCAGGAACAACACAGAGAUCUGCGGGAUUUUAAURAGAGCCGGGGCCACGAUCAAUCCACCGAACACCUACAGCGUCACACCUCUCAUUGUAGCAGCUCAGCGAGGACUGAUGAUACCACUGUCUUACCUUAUUGAGAAAGGUGCAGAUGUGAACAUACAAACGUGUGACGGUGCUACGGCGCUGCACGAGGCGAGUAAAAACGGCCACAGGGAAGUUGUAGCUUUGCUGCUAACUAAAAACGCAGAUGCCAACAAACCUACUAACUCAGGACUGUUGCCUCUGCAUGUUGCAGCGCAGUACGGACACCAUGAGAUCGUGUCUCUGCUUGUCUCUGUCACGAGUCGAGCCAUGCUCCGGCACAGUUGGAUCACGCCCCUGCACCUGGCAGCGGAGCAUGACAGACACGCUGUGGCAGCUGUGCUGCUGAGAGCAGGUGCAGAUGUGAACGCCACUCUGGCGCUCGCUCACUCCAACCGCUACUCCGAUCGGCGUGCCACGGCUCUCUAUUUUGCCGUUGCCAACAGCAGCACCAGAACAACAGAGGUGCUGCUGAAGGCCGGGGCCAGUCCAAGCCUGGAUCCGGUCAGUCCCCUGCUAGUGGCCGCUCGUCUGGGCUGUGUCACCACCGUGUCCUUGCUGCUGGAGCGAGGAGCCGAUGCAGACGCCAGAAUCCCGUCUCAUCUCACGACAUUCCCAGCAAUGAUCGCCCUUUGCUUGAAUAAUCUACCUCUUCUGAAGUGUGUUUUGAAGCACAGCUGUGAUGUCCGCUCCUGUUUUACCUGUACCUACGGGGGAGCCUCUCACCCUCCUUCAGGCGUUGACACUAAUAGUCCUGACUGGAUGAUGGCUUUAAACUGCAAUGAGCCACCAGAACGAGCAACUCAGUUCUGUGAGUGGAUCUCAACACCUGCUAUGUGUAAGUGGGCCGGACCGGUCAUAGACUUGCUGCUGGAGCACGUGGGUUCUGUUCAGCUGUGCAGCAGGCUCACUGAGCUCCUGGACAGCACAGCAGAAUGGCACUGCACCAAGAGGAAGUCAUCRUCACCACGCUCCCUCCUGCACCUUUGCAGAUUAACGAUUCGGACUCAGAUGGCGAGAGACAAACUGAGAUCUAUUUCAAGCUUACCUCUGCCAAACAAACUGAUAAGAUAUCUAAGUAUGUCUGACUGACUGCAGAAAAAAAGACACCUCACACAAAGGGGUUUUCAGAGAUGUGACUAAAUGUAUCUUUUCAUGUGUUUUUUUUUAGUCCUGUCUGAUAUUUUAAAUCUGUAAAUGCUGCUUUUGUGCAUAAAUAUCUAUUUAUAACAUAUUUGAAGCAACGAGGCUCUUUAAUCUGUCAAAAUGCUGUUUUCUUCAGAAAUGCUAAAAAAAGAUGGAAGAAAAGUAAGAAACAUUGAAUCAUUUAUUUAAAGAAAAUGAAAGUUGUCAUGUCAGAAACAUCAAACGUGUUGCAAAGAUGAYUUUCAGAGUUAAAAGUGGACGCUGUGACAGCUGAUUCUUGUGAAUGACUUUUUGUACCUAAAAUAGAGCUGUCAUUCUCUGUACAGAAGAAACUUUUAAACUUACUGUCAGUGUUUAUAGGUGCAUGAAACUGACAUAAAACGGAAGCAGAUUUUUUUUGAGCCAGUGCAGUUUAGGUUUUAAAAAAAGAGAUGCAGGAUUCCAGAAAGUGCUCAA